AAUAAUAGUAUAUAUUAUUUUAUAUUNAAUAUGAAAGAUUGGUUGGUGCUGUUAUUAGAUAAAUGAUUAAUAAGGAAAAGAUGUUAGUUGUUGUUAAUGAUAAUUUAGAUCAGAAUCUUUAAGAAUUAGCACUACAUCCUAAUGUACCUAGAUGAUUAUUAUAAACUUUGUAAAAUAUUUAAAAAUUAUUUAUAUCUUCAAAUGGCUGAAAGUACCACAGCAAAUGUUAAUUGGGCAGAGAUCUCUGAUGAUGAAGAAAUUGUUCCACAACAUCCAUAAGAAACAUAACCUUAAGAAAUUUAACCAUAAGUUGUCAAACAAGAAUAACCAUAAGAAAUAAAUAAUGAACAAAAGAAAUAGUCAAAAAAACCAUAUUAAAAGCAUCAUAAGCCAGAAUGGCUCAGACUCAAAGAAUUAUAAAAAAAAUAGGCUGAAUAAAUUUAAAAAGAGUAGUAAGCUGUAUUAGAAGCUAGAAGAAUUAAACCAAGUGUAUUUAAGAUUUAUAAAUCUUUAGAAAAAUAAUUUCCAAGGACUUAUGUAUGAGAGUGAUGAAGAUGAAUAAAAACCUUAAGAAUCAACCUAAAAUGAAGAAUAAACUCAAUCCUAAGAAUAAACUCAACCCUAAGAAUUACCUAAAGAAGAAAUUGUUGAUUAAUAUCAAAGUAUUUAUAUAUUUAAACUUAGUCUUGAAACAAAGAUAAACAUAAGAAGAAAAAUAAACAUAACAAAAGAAAAAAGAUUAAAAAAAAAAAGAAAAUGAAGAUUUAGAUGCUAUUUUGAAUGAAUUAGGAUUUACUUAAAAAGAAUCUGAAUAAACUGGAGAUUAAGAAAAAAAAAAAAAGAAAAAAAAUAAAAAUAAAGAUGCUGAUAAAUAGCCAGUUACCACAGAAAAUAAGCAGGAAUAAUAAUAACCAUAAUAAUAAUAAACAUAAUAAUAACAAAUAUAACCAUAAACUGAAAAAGUUGAUAUCAAAAAGGUUUUAGCCGAAAAAGCCAAAAAAACACAAGCUGGCUCUCAUUAAGUUGAUAAAGUAUACUUAAUUAAAAAUUUUAGGAUUUAGAAAGAGUGAAAUAAGAAAUUGAAAAGAGAAACUAAAAGUCUAAGAAAAAUAAGAAAUAAGACUUAGAUCUUUGAUUUGGUAAAUUGAUAAAUAA